AAGCAGGAGCACGGCGACGGUGGGGGGAGAAGGGAGGAGGGGUCAGCCAGGCCGGGAGCAGGGCUACACGAUCCAAGAGGGGACACGGGGAUCCUCGCCACGGAGGGAUCUCGCCUGAUCCCACCCCCUCAUUUCCCUGACCCUCGUCUCUCCGCAGGCUCAACAUCGAUGGCCUCCUGGUGUAUUUCCCGUACGACUACAUCUACCCCGAGCAGUUCUCCUACAUGCUGGAGCUCAAGAGGACCUUGGAUGCCAAGGGUCAUGGCGUGCUGGAGAUGCCUUCGGGGACAGGGAAGACGGUGUCGCUGCUGUCCCUCAUCGUUGCCUAUCAGCGGGCCCGGCCGUUGGACCUCACCAAGCUCAUCUACUGCUCCCGCACGGUGCCGGAGAUCGAGAAGGUGAUCGAGGAGCUGCGGAAGCUCAUGGAUUUCUACGAGAAGCAGCUGGGGGAGAAGGUGCCGUUCCUGGGGCUGGCGCUGAGCUCCAGGAAGAACCUGUGCAUCCACCCCGAGGGGGUGAACAUCCCGCGCCGGACGCUGGACCGCUGCCAGGCCAACGUGGCCACGCUGCAGGCCACCAUCCAGAAGAUCAAGGAGACGGACGCCCAGAGGCUGAAGGAUGAGUACAGGCGGCUGGUGGAGGGCUUGCGGGAGGCCAACAUCGCACGGGAGACCGAUGUCUACCUCGCCAACCCCGUGCUGCCGGACGAGAUCCUCCAGGAGGCCGUGCCCGGGAGCAUCCGGACGGCCGAGCACUUCGUGGGCUUCAUGAAGCGCUUCCUGGAGUACCUGAAGGCCCGGGUGCGGGUGCAGCACGUGGUGCAGGAGAGUCCCCCGGCCUUCCUCAAGGACGUCUACGAGAAGGUGUGCAUCGAGCGCAAACCGCUCCGGUUCUGCGCCGAGCGCCUGCGCUCGCUCCUGCGCACGCUGGAGAUCGUGGACAUGGCCGAUUUCUCCGCCAUCACCCUCAUCGCGAAUUUUGCCACCCUCGUCAGCACCUACGCCAAGGGUGAGCCGGACACCUGGGUCCCCUGCAUGGACGCCUCCAUCGCCAUCAAGCCUGUCUUUGAGCGGUUCCAGUCCGUCAUCAUCACCUCAGGGACUCUCUCGCCACUGGAUAUUUACCCUAAAAUCCUGGAUUUCCGUCCCGUCACCAUGGCGACCUUCACCAUGACGCUGGCCCGGACCUGCCUCUGCCCCAUGAUUGUGGGCCGUGGGAACGACCAGGUGGCCAUCAGCUCCAAGUUUGAGACACGCGAGGACAUCGCCGUCAUCCGCAACUACGGCAACUUGCUGCUGGGGAUGUCGGCAGUGGGCCCCGACGGCAUCGGCAUCUUGGAGAACAUCCAGAGGAACAAGCUCAUCUUCAUCGAGACGCAGGACGGGGCCGAGACCAGCAUGGCUCUGGAGAAGUACCAGGAGGCCUGCGAGAACGGCCGGGGUGCCAUCCUGCUCUCCGUGGCCCGGGGCAAGGUGUCAGAGGGUAUCGACUUCGUGCACCACUACGGCCGGGCCGUCAUCAUGUUCGGGGUGCCCUAUGUCUACACCCAGAGCCGCAUCCUCAAGGCCCGGCUCGAGUACCUCCGCGACCAGUUCCAGAUCCGGGAGAACGAUUUCCUCACCUUCGACGCCAUGCGCCACGCCGCCCAGUGCGUGGGCCGGGCCCUGCGUGGCAAGACCGACUACGGCCUCAUGAUCUUCGCCGACAAGCGUUUCGCCCGGGCCGACCAACGG